AUGGAUCGAACAAAUAUUUCAAAUGCCAUUUCUGAUAACUUACCUGCUGAUUUAGGCUUCAAUAUGACAGGUGUCAAUACAGGUACUUUGGUUCAUUCUAUUGUCUUUACAGUCAUUACACUCGUGACUCAACCUGUUGUUAAGCGUGUUGGUGCUCAUAUUUGGAUUCCUAUUCUCAUGUUCUCAUGGGCCAUUGACUUCAAUGGAUUUAUUGCAGUACGUUUCUUUAUUGCUUUUACUGAAGCUGGUUUUAUUCCUGCUUGUCUAUACUAUCUUCAAGCUUGGUACAAGACAAAUGAGCUAGCUACUCGCCUCUCUUGGUUUUGGGCCUUACAAUCAUUUGCUUCUGCCUUUUCUGGUCUGAUUUCGUUUGGCAUUUUUAGACUAGCUGGUGUCGGUGGUCUCUAUGGCUGGAAAUGGCUUUUUAUCAUUGAUGGUAUUCUCACACAUGUGGUUGGAUUUAUUUCCAUCUUUUACAUUCCUUCAAGUCCCUUUUAUACGAGCGGCCAAUUACGAGGCAAAGGUGGCUGGUUCACUGAACGCCAAAGUCAAAUCGCUGUUACUAGAAUUGUUCGUGAUGACCUUACCAAAGCAGAUCAAAAAUCAAGAAUUUCAUGGCAUGAUAUCAAGAUCAGCCUGUUAGAUACCAGAUUAUGGACUCAUUUAGUGAUUUGCUUUGCUAGUAUGAUGCCUACAACACCAGUAGGUACUUAUUUGCCUACGUUGAUCAAGGGCUAUGGUUUUUCUGUCACGACAAGUAACUUGUUGACUGUCCCUUCGUUUAUCAUUGGUCUGAUUGCUUCAGUUAUUAUUGCUCAUGAUGCAGACAAGCGUGGCUGGUAUGGCUUUCAUGCAUUGAUCGGCCCGUUCUGGUCUAUUGCUGGUUUCAUUGCUUUGGAGUUUCUUAAAGAUGAUGCUGGUCCAUGGAACUUUUAUGCAGCUGCCUUGUUUCUUGCUUCCUCUCCUUCAUGGCACGGUAUGCAUAUUGCCUGGAUGUCUUCUAAUUUAGCUCCCUUGGGUAAACGUACACUUGCCUUAGGUGUUAUUGUUGGUUCUGCUAAUAUUGCGGGUGUGCCUGCUUCACAAAUCUAUCAACAAGACGAUUCUCCUCGAUUUUUUAGAGGUAAUUGGAUCAAUUUCGGUAUCUGUGUCUCUACUGUGCUAUUGGUACUUUUCCAACACACAAGAUAUGUGCUUACAAACAAUUACAGAGAAAAGAAAUGGAAUUCAAUGAGUGAUAGUGAAAAGAAAGAGUAUCUCAAGAACACAAAAGAUGAAGGAUCUAAUCGUUUGGAUUUCCGUUUCAGACUUUAA